GGCGGGGCAGCUACGCGGGGUCCUCGCGCGCCGCCCACGUGGGGCCGAGGCGAGCCCCGGGCCGGGUUCCGGAGCUCCGGCCGCGCCCGCCCGUGUCCGCCUGAGCCCGCGCGCCGCCGUGCGCCAUGGCAGCCGCCGGCGGGCUGCUCCUCCACGUUGCGGAGUCCCCGGCCGGCGGCCCCGGGACGCUCUCCGGACCCCGCCGGGCCCAGGCGAGGCGGCAAGCAGAGGCCACCAAAAGAAAACACCAAGCAUCCGGGGAGGCUCCCCCAGCGAAGCGGAGGAACAAGGCAGCGUUUCUCCUGGCCAAGAAAGCUACUGCUAAAGAAACACAAAGGACUUUUAAGGGGAAGGCACAGAAAACAUUUUCUCCAAGGAAAUCUUUGGUCGGUGUGAGUGACGGAACCCGAGAACAGAAACUGUGCGUUAGGACUUCGUCGUUAUUUAAAAACAACCCUGAAAUCCCAGAGCUCCACAGACCUGUAGUAAAGCAGGUACAAGAAGAGGUGUUCACUUCGGAAGCUUUCCAUGAACUGGACCUGCACCCACAUUUAAUUUCCACAAUAAAUACGGUCUUAAACAUGACUAGUAUGACCAGCGUUCAGAAGCAAAGUAUUCCGGCGUUGCUGGAAGGCAGAGAUGCUCUGGUGAGAUCACAGACGGGCUCAGGUAAAACUCUUGCCUACUGCAUCCCUGUGGUCCAGACGCUUCAAGCAAUGAAAUCAAAAAUACAGCGCAGUGAUGGCCCCUAUGCCCUGGUACUGGUGCCGACAAGAGAGCUGGCUCUGCAAAGCUUUGACACUGUCCAGAAACUGCUUAAGCCAUUUACCUGGAUUGUGCCUGGAGUGUUGAUGGGAGGAGAGAAAAGGAAAUCAGAAAAGGCCAGACUCCGCAAAGGAAUAAAUAUCCUUAUCUCGACUCCUGGGCGGCUGGUGGAUCAUAUCAAAUCCACGAAGAACAUUCAUUUUCGUCGGAUACGGUGGCUGAUUUUGGAUGAAGCAGACAGAAUCCUGGAUUUGGGUUUUGAAAAGGAUAUCACGGUGAUACUCAACGCUGUAAAUGCUGAGUGCCAGAAACGACAGAACGUCUUACUAUCGGCGACACUCACAGAAGGUGUGACCCGGCUAGCUGAUAUCAGCUUGCUCAAUCCGGUCAGGAUUUCUGUCCUGGAUGAACACCGUGGCCAGUCUGAGCCACAGGGCGGAGCAGUUCCGGAGGCCUCCCUUCUCCCGGCUGGCAGCGAGCCGGACAGCUUUGCGAUUCCGGAAAGUCUCCAUCAGCACGUGGCCCUGGUUCCCAGCAAACUGAGGCUCGUCUCCCUGGCGGCCUUCAUUCUGCAGAAGUGCAAGUUUGAAAAAGACCAGAAGAUGAUCGUCUUUUUCUCGAGCUGUGAGCUGGUGGAGUUCCACUACCACCUCUUCCUGCAGACCCUGCUGAGCCGCCUCGGGGCCCCGGCGUCCGGGCAGCCGCCAUCUGCGUCCACGCGAUUAACAUUCCUGCGGCUGCACGGCAGCAUGAAGCAGGAGGAAAGAACAGCAGUGUUUCAAGAAUUUUCGCAUUCCAAGACCGGCGUCCUUCUUUGUACGGAUGUUGCAGCUCGGGGCUUAGAUCUCCCUCAAGUCACGUGGAUUGUUCAGUACAACGCGCCGUCGUCACCUGCUGAAUACAUCCACCGGAUCGGGAGAACCGCCCGGAUUGGCUGCCAUGGGAGCAGCCUGCUCAUUUUGGCUCCUUCGGAGGCAGAAUAUGUCAACUCGUUGGCUUCUCACAAAAUCAACGUGUCUGAGAUGAAGAUGGAAGAGAUUUUGUCUGUUCUGACAAGGGACGACUGUUUCAAAGGGAGCCGGUGGGGAAGCCAGAAAUCCCGUGCUGCCGGCCCCCAGGAAAUCCGAGAACGAGCCACAGUCCUGCAGACGGUAUUUGAAGAUUACGUGCACUCCAGUGAGAGCAGGGUCUCCUGGGCAAAGAAAGCUCUGCAGGCCUUCAUCCGCGCCUACGCCACCUACCCCCGGGAGCUGAAGCCCAUCUUCCAUGUCCGGUCGCUGCACCUCGGCCACGUGGCCAAGAGCUUCGGGCUGAGGGACGCCCCCCAGAAUCUUGGUGUCGCAGCUGUGAAGAGAAGCAAAGCAAACCUGAGCAGGCCUGACCUUCAUAAGAAGACCCGGAGUAAACACUGCCUCGCUGAAAUCUUGCGUUCGGAAUACUCAAGUGGGAUGGAGGCCGGCGUCGCCAAGGUCAAAAAGCAAAACAAACAGGCAGAGCCCGGCAGCCAGCCACGCAGCGCUGUCUGCCACCGGCGCCCAGCCUCAGCCGUGGGAAAAACUAAGAAACGUUUCUCGUGAAGCAGAAAAA